GAGCUGGAGAGGGCGGAAGCAGCGCCCGGGGCAGGCUGGGAGAUGUAGUUCCUGGCUCUCCCGUGAGCGGAAAUGACGUCGCCGUCAGAGGCGGAGCCCGGCUGCGAAGGAGCGUUGGGGGUUCUGGUUCUGCCUGGCUCGCGCGGGGCCGUUGGAGCCUCUCCCGGGGCCGGAGAAGGGCUACAGAAUAAUGUCCAGGUUUCACUCCAGAUCCACCCAGGGGGAAGGAAAUCGCUGCAAUGGAGCUGGCUCAGUAUUGGGAUUCCUACCAGGGAGCCACCAGCAGGAUCCAGAGACAGCCCCAUCUCCUAUAUCAAGCUCUGGCUAGGGCUGGUGACUUUCGAGGAAGUGGCUCUGUAUUUCACCAGGGAAGAGGGAGCUCUGCUGGACCUCACUCAGAGAGCCCUCUACAGGGAUGUCAUGCAGGAGAACUAUGAGUCGGUGGUGUUGCUGGGGUUUCCAGUUUCCAAACCUGAUGUGAUCUCAAAUGAGAGAGCCUGCACAGGUGACGGAAUGGUGCGUGAGAAUGAGGAGGAGAAACCCCAGCAGGAAGAUGCUGAGCAAGUAGAACCACAUGGGAUGUUAUCAGGAAGAUCCAAAGGGAAUGUUUCUGGGAUUUGUGCACUCCCAGAAAAAGCAAAAGCUUGUGAGACUCCGCAUAUUCCAGAGGAAAACUUGAGUAGCCACUCAGACCUUAUUACUCGUGAGAGAAUCAAUGCGGAAGAGACACACUACAUAUGCCAUGAGUGUGGGAAAAGCUUCAGUGGGAGCUCAGACCUCUUCACACAUCAGAGACUCCACAGGGGAGAGAGACCCUACAUGUGCUCUGAGUGUGGGAAAAGCUUCAAUCAGAGCUAUACCCUUAUCAGACAUUGGAGAACCCACACCGGAGAGAAGCCCUAUACGUGCUCUGACUGUGGGAAAAGCUUCAAUCAGAGCUCAACCCUUAUCAGACAUAGGAAAAUCCACACAAGUGAGAAACCUUACGGAUGCUCUGAGUGUGGGAAACGCUUCAUUGAUAGUUUAGCCCUCAUCUCACAUCAGAAAAUCCACACAGGAGAGAUGCCCUAUACAUGCUCUGAGUGUAGGAAAAGUUUCAAUAAUAGCUCUGACCUCAUCAAACAUCGUAGAAUCCACACAGGAGAGAGACCCUACAUGUGUUCUGAGUGCGGGAAAAGCUUCAAUCAGAGCUCAAUCCUUGUUAGACAUCAGAAAAUCCACAUGAGAGAGAACUGGAACAAAUGCCUUGACUAGGGCUGGCCAAAGAUGUUUCUUUAAAAAAAAAAUAAAUCAUAUUUGCUAAUUCCCACAUAUGAUCUUUGUAUCAUCUUCACUAUGGUCUCUCAGCUCCCCUAGAUAAGUUGCCUGCUUCUGCAGCUCACCCUUCUUUGGGGUCAGUCCUGUGAUCUUUUCUAUUGACUCCUUUCCUUUGAGUCAUAGGAGUGUGUGUCCCUCCAGCCAGGAAUGUUCAUCAGCUCCAGGUGGGAGAGAGGUUUUAUCAACAAGCUACACUGAGGCAAAAACUACCUGUGCCUUCCAUCCACUAGGACUGUACAUGGCGUUGCCUGCUCAAGUUAGUGAUCUUGGUGUAAAAAGUUGUAGUGCAGAUGCAGCCCAGGUGCAGUGGUUGGCAUUAGCUUUCCCCUUAACCUGACCUAAACUCCAUCACUGUUCCUAGUCUAAACAAACCCUGAGCAUCACAGUUAGUUAUACUGUUCCCCCAUUUCACAGCAAUUGUUAGUCAUCAAGUUUCCCCUUCGGGAACAAAUUGUUUCAUUCCUGGUUGCUCUGAUGUUGCUUCAGGUUGUGCUGCAGAGCAGAUAUUUGUCCCUCCGUUUUCCUCACUUAAAAUAUAUUGAACUAUAACAAAGAGCAGGAACAGGGCAGGGAUAGGGAAAAAUGUCAUUUAACGCUCUGUAACAGAAGAAGAUAGGGUAAAUCAGAAGGAUUCCCAUAUUCCUCAUCACCAUCCCAGUCCCCCUGUUGUUCAGUUGGUUAGGUCAAUAUUUUUUCUAAAGGGCUGAGAAGAGUAUUCCCUACUAAAUGACUGUAACUAAGGAAAAUACCCAUGCAUUUGGCUCCCAACGCAGUUGUGGUCCAGGCCCUGCAGGAGGUCGUUCCUGAAGAUAUCUCCUUCCUAAUCAGGUGCGUGUUGUCUAUUAGUUGGGAAAUGCAAUCCCUAUCUAGGUAGAGAUGGGAAAAUUGGAAGUGACAUUUCUGUUCAGCUCACCCCUGGGAGAUGCUGCAAAUGUCUAGAAAAUGAAAUCCAUGUUGAAUGUGAUAUAGCUGCAGAAAGAAACCUAUUUUUAAUAGAUACCUGACAUCUGGUGUCUUAUAGGGAUUCUAAAUUGCACCUGAAUUUAGUCCCUAAUUUAAUCUGUGCCACCAGAUUAAAGAAAUAAAAGGACAUUUUGUGGGAGUUAUACCUCACUAUCGUUACUGAUCUGUUGUGCGGUUGGUGAAGAAUUCUACGCCAGAGAAGUGUAAAAUUACUCCAAGGAAGAUCAAAGAUUUGACAAAAACUCAGGUAGAAAUUGCAGGUACGAGUGGUUGAUUUUUCACCCCGGAGAUGGAAGCUAUGGUGACCCAUGUCCCAGGUAAACUAUUUUUAGAACACUGCUUAUUAGUUAAGUGGCAUUGAUCACGCUCCUAAAGGAUGCCAUGAUUAAAUUGGGCACAACUGUCUUUUUCAACUGAUUCCUUCAGAGCCAUUCCAUGCCCAUGGGUAACAGUCUGGCUGCCUUAUUGGACAAGAAGCAUUUGCAUCCUGGGCAAAUGAUUUGUAGCCGGUGAGGGAAUGUAUCCGAUCCCAAGUUCAUAGUGCAGGAUAUAUGAAUGCUGAGUCCAACGUCUGUGGUUUGGUCUCUUAGUUUACUCUUGAAUCUAAUGCAUUUGUAUCACUUCUCCACCUCCUGCUACUCUGAAAGAUUAGAAAGUGUGAAAAUGGAGCACAGGUGUUUUUUCUCAUGAUACAACCUUCCCACAUAGUGUGAGACUCCUUCCUCCCACACUUCUGGGAGAAGACCCAGAGAGAAAUGAACUGACAGAAAUGGAAGGCUCCUAGGUUAUUGUAGAUUGGACUUCACACACAGCUGACUGGGUGGAAAUGGGAAUUAAGAGAAAACUGCCUAUCGGUUUAUAUUUUGUAAUCUUUGAAUACGUUGUUUCCAGUGACAAUGAAAUUUAAAUAUGAAGUUUGUUUAGUGUAAGAGGCUGAUUCUGUGAUAACUUUCAGUGUUACAAUAUGAUUCAGGUUUUCUUCUAGUUCUGUCCCUGUCCCCUCCUACUAUAUCAGAAAUGGUGGUUAAUCCUGAAAUUAAAACCUCACUCCAAAGGAAUUAGAGUGGGGGAAUAUGUGAGAGAAGUAGCCUGUAUGAGAAGAGAGAUCCAGUAUGGACUGUAAUUAUUUCUAUUUAAAAUGGAAUUUAUUUUGAUAAAUUUUAAAAUAAAUCUUCUGUUAAGAGGAAAAUUACUUGAGACAAGAUGUGUAACCUUUUACCCAUUCCCCACAGUGCUGGUGUGUUUCUGUUUGUUUGUUUUAUCUUUCCUCCGGUGGUUGUUUUUUAAUAAAAGAAUAGUUUUUGUUU